UAGUAUUAGAAGAUUAAAUUAGUUUCCAGCUACUAGUUGAAAGUUCUAAAUACACAGCCCCCACGACUGUUUUUAAAUUUAUGAGCCUGUCGGCCUUUUUAAUACAAAUAAUUACGUCUUGUGGGAAACUCGCAGCGGUCCAGUUCGAUUGUAAACUGAGAGCUGGGUGCGUGAGAACCGACAGCUGCUGUUUGUGCUGCGUGUUUAUAUCAGUGUGUACGUGUGUGUGCCUGUAUGUGUGAGUGAGUGUGUGUGCAUGUUUAUGUGUGUGUGCAUGUGUGUGUGUAGUGCAAAGGAUACAACAAUUCAAAAUAGAUUAGAGUGCGCGACUCUCUGAAUGAAGCAGUGUGCCAAAAAGUGUUAAACAAGUUGCCAAAUCUAAACAAAUUAUUUACACACACAAAAAACGGAUAAAUGUAAAUCCAAUGGACCAGCAUGACCAGCCUUAUAGAGCAAACAUAAAUGAAGAGCUACAGCCAAUAUAAUUUAAACGCCGCCGUUGCAACGCCGACGCCGCCGCCGCCGCCGCCUCCUCCUGUCCUUGCCUACGAGAGCAGCAUCCAGGAGCAAAACCAACAACAACAACAACAGCAAUUACUUAGUCAACGUCCACGCCAGGAAAUGCCGCAUUUCGGUUUGGGGAGUGCGCCGUCGCAACAGCAGCAACAGUUACAGGUGCAUCAUCAGCAACAACAACAACAACAGCAGCAGCAGCAGCAACAACAACAACAGCACCAACCACAACAACAAAUGCAACUAUCAAUGCUGCCCGGUCCUUACCGGCCGCACAUUGAGGAGAAGAAGCUGACGCGGGACGCCAUGGAGAAAUAUAUGCGAGAGCGCAACGACAUGGUCAUCGUCAUACUGCACGCCAAGGUCGCCCAAAAGUCGUACGGUAAUGAGAAGCGUUUCUUUUGCCCGCCCCCAUGCAUUUACCUAUUUGGUAAUGGCUGGCGUCGACGCUACGAGGAGAUGCUGCAACAGGGCGAGGGGGAACAGGGCGCCCAGUUGUGCGCCUUCAUUGGCAUCGGCAGCUCGGAUCAGGAUAUGCAGCAACUGGAUCUCAAUGGCAAACAAUAUUGUGCGGCCAAAACGCUGUUCAUUUCAGAUUCGGAUAAGCGCAAGCAUUUUAUGCUGUCCGUGAAAAUGUUUUAUGGCAAUGGCCACGACAUUGGCGUAUUCAACUCGAAACGCAUUAAAGUCAUCUCUAAGCCGUCCAAGAAGAAGCAGUCCCUGAAAAAUGCCGAUCUGUGCAUAGCCAGCGGCACCAAUGUGGCGCUCUUCAAUCGUCUGCGCUCGCAAACAGUCUCCACCCGCUAUUUGCAUGUGGAAAAUGGACAUUUCCAUGCCUCGUCAACGCAAUGGGGCGCCUUUACGAUACACUUGCUCGAUGACAACGAGUCCGAGUCGGAGGAGUUUCAAGUGCGCGAUGGCUACAUCCAUUAUGGUGCUACAGUCAAGCUAGUGUGCUCGGUGACGGGCAUGGCUCUACCGCGCCUCAUCAUACGCAAAGUGGACAAACAGAUGGCAUUGCUGGAGGCCGAUGAUCCUGUUUCGCAGCUGCACAAAUGUGCCUUCUAUAUGAAGGAUACGGAUCGCAUGUACUUGUGCUUGUCGCAGGAGAAAAUUAUACAGUUUCAGGCCACGCCGUGUCCCAAGGAGCCGAACAAAGAAAUGAUUAACGAUGGUGCCUGCUGGACAAUAAUCUCCACAGACAAGGCGGAGUAUCAGUUCUACGAGGGCAUGGGACCAGUCUCCUCUCCCGUCACACCAGUGCCGAUUGUUAAUUCCCUGAAUCUUAAUGGCGGUGGCGAUGUGGCCAUGCUGGAGCUCAGCGGCGAUAACUUUACGCCGCACUUGCAAGUGUGGUUUGGUGAUGUCGAGGCCGAGACCAUGUAUCGCUGCACGGAGACGCUGCUCUGUGUGGUGCCCGAAAUCUCGCAAUUUCGUGGCGAAUGGUUGUGGGUGCGUCAGCCCACACAGGUGCCCAUUUCGCUGGUGCGCAACGAUGGCAUUAUUUAUGCCACGGGUCUAACGUUCACGUACACGCCGGAGCCGGGACCGCGUUCGCAUUGCAAUCAGGCCGAGGAUGUUAUGCGUACGCGCCACAAUAACAACAACAACAUCACAAGCAUUAGCAAUAACAACAACAAUAGCAACAGCAAUGCCGGCAGCACACACUCACCUGUUAGCGUCGGCAACUCCGGCAGCGUGCAGCAACAGCAACAACAACAGCAACAACAGCAGCAGCAGCAGCAGAUGCAUCAGACACUGCCCUCCAUCUCAGAAGUGCAAUGGAACAGUCAUGGGAGCGGCUUGUCUUGAGUGCGGCAGUACCGCCUUAUUUUGCAAUUCGAUUUACUUUUGACAUUGGACAGACGUAGACGGGAACGUUGCCUAAGUUAUUUAAAAUUGUAGUAAUAAUUAAUAAUUUGAAUUGUUCAUUUUGUGUAAGCUCAUGGUUUUCUAUAACAAAUCCAUUCCAAAUGUGCGAACAAUUUCUCGUCGCUUUUUCUUUAAUAAACAAACAAACAAAAGUGUUUAGUCCUAGGCAGAACCAAUAGAUUUGUAAAUGAAAAAAAAUUGAUUGUACAUAGCUUAUAACUCGAAAAAUUGACACUGAAAUUAUUUGUAGUUAAAUAUACAUUUAUAUACACACAACAAACACAUAUAUAUAUAUACAUUUAUAUAUAUAUAUAUUAAGUACACUUAUAUACUUAUGAGAAGGCAUAUGCCACAACAACAAAAUGUGCGUAUAUGUAUAAUUUUUGUAACAUAUAUUGGAACAAAGAAAAAGACAAACUUUAGUUAUAGGCGAAGAGAUGAAGGAGAGAAAAACGAACAUACAAAGCUACUUAUAAAUAAACUGAAAACAUAAAUUUGAAAAA